UGUUUGUGUCUGUAUCUCUCUACUACCAAUUUCGAGGACAGCAGCACACCCACUGGCCCGUAGGCAGUACAUCUAUUUAUAAUCACCUCAUUCUGGAAGUGAACAGUGUUCCGUUCAAUACAGACGGGCAGUGAAGCACAAGCAGUGACGGUACGACGUGAUAACGUGUUUUGCAUACGUUAUAUCAGCGGUCGUCUUGCCUGAUCCUACGCGAAAACAAUUGUUCAGACAAAAACAUCAGGAAAAAAACUAGCAAGUGUCACCCACCUAAUGUCCCAGUCUUUGUUCUCUCUGCUUUCUCAAGUGUCUCCCCACACUGGCAUUCAAAGAUUAUCGGGAACUAGUUAAGUAUUGUGCUCUUGUCGAGACCCGAGCGUUCGCAGGUAAGUUAAGCCUCGUGAGAAUGUAUCUCUUCGCGUCCACAAGACGGCGCGUGACAUGUUCGGAGGCAAGGUGUAAACACGGAAAACCCUUCCCGGUCCACGACGUCUCAUCAAAACAGGUUGGCCAACAGCUCGCAGAUGCUGCUCUCGUACGCGAGAAGAUUUGCCGCAUCACGCACCACACGUGUAGCAAGGACGCGCAGGGCUUUGCCUUAUCGCCUUGGCUUGGGUUCCCCGCCGGUUCCUUAUCGCGAUGACCGGCUCGUUUAUCGACGAGAAUGCAAAAGGCGCAAGAACUCGCGCGCGUAAUCUUUUAUUUUGUUUCCCUCGCCAAGGCACUUUCAGGGGACAUCCCCCCUCGUCGACCGCACAGAGGUGUCAAACUCGCCCAGCAGUGAGUGCGGCCACUGGAGCCACCAUGUUGCACGCCAUCUUGCUCGUCCUCCUAAGCAUCGUCUUUCUCAUAGUCGGGAUUUUCGCAAAGACCUUUACAUUUUGGAAAGGGAAGGGCAUCCCAUACUUGUCUUUCUUUGAGUACCUCCGUGUGGUUCGAGACAACUUCACAGGAGAGCUCAAUAAAGUUGCACUGCGAAAUUACAAGCGUCAUGGCCGGAUAUACGGGGCAUACCAGGGACUCGUACCAAGCCUUGUUGUCGCUGACCCAGAUGUGCUGAGAGAAAUUUGUGUCAAGGAUUUCAAGUCGUUCGUCAACAAAUCGGAUGACAAGGUAUCAGGCAAUACUCUUUGGGACCAAAUGGUGUUGCACCAGCAAAAUGAAGAAUGGAAGCAUACACGCAGUUCGCUGUCCCCAAUGUUCACAACAGCCAAAUUAAAAUCGAUGGUACCAAAGAUGACGAAAACUAUGGACAGGUUUACGAAGUUGCUGCUGGCGAAGCUCAAUAAAGGGAAUCCCGCUAAUCUCUGCCAAUUGUUGGAAAAAUCGGCCAUGGACUUGUACACAUCACUUAUCUUUGACCUGGACAUUGACAGUCACGUGGACACUGACCACCCAAUGCUCAAAUGCUACAGCGGCUUCCUCAGUGCCCCAGGCGGCUGGAGACUACUCAUGAUGACCACUCUCCCAAGACUUUUCAAGGUUUUCAGAGUGGAAUUUCCGAACAAAGGUGACUCGCAGUAUGCGCUGGACUUCACAAGACAUUUAAUAGGACAACGGCUACGAGAAAGCGAAAGGCAUGAUGAUGCACUCCAAAUGUACAUGGACACCAAAAUGCAGCAGAAUGGUAAAGGAGGCAUCCAACUUUCAGAAUCUGCAAUCAACGACAUAUCCGCCCAGUGCAUGUGUUUGUUUAUCGCUGGAAGCGACUCAAUAGCUCUGACUGUGACCUGCGCGGCGUACUCACUGGCCCUCCACCCCGAGAUUCAGGAAGCGGUGAUAAAAGAAGUUGAUGCCGCGGGUGAGGCCACGUACGAGUCACUGCGGUCGAUGGUGCUUCUUGAUGCUGUGGUCAGUGAAACGCUGCGGAUGUACUCACCGACGUCGGUUCUCACCAGGAUAUGCUCGCAAAGCACAACAAUCGCCGGCGUCCGCUUUACGCCAGGAAUGCGCGUCGAGAUUCCAGCCCACGCCAUGCACUACGACCCUGAAUUCUUUCCUGAACCAGAAGUCUUCAAGCCAGAGAGGUUCCUGCCGGAGCACAAGGAUUCCAUCAACACUUACACGUAUCUUCCUUUCGGAGUGGGUCCAAGAAGUUGCAUAGGCAUGCGCAUGGGCAUGGUGCAAGUGAAGUACAUUCUCUACCGCCUCCUGCAGAACGUCACCUUCGAGCCUUGCGCAGAAACUCAGGUACCCCUUUCUUUCGCCAAAGGCAAGGUCCUCCUGGAGCCCGACCCGCCCAUUCAGCUGAAAAUUGUUCCUCGAGUGAAGUGCUAGUUCACAGACCCGUCAGAUUCUCCUACAAGGUCAACGCCGCAGUGUAGGAUGCCCCCGUGACAAUCUAAGGACUCCUAGUGUUGCAAAGUGUCGAACCAAGACUAUAGUUUCGUUGCAUUUCAUGUUCGAAUAUUUCCAAGGAGUGAACGCUCGUCAUGUACAUUACUGUAGUGGUGCUUGUGCUUGCCUUUAGAAUGUUUGUCAGUAUUGAUUAAGUAUGUUGGUUUUUCUUCAAAGAAAACUUUGCUAGCAGAUGAUGCUACUACACGUCACCGGCAUCUGAUAUUAGGACCACAUAUAUUUUUACAUUGGUAUCUGCUGUGAAUAAUGCAUUUCAUUAUAUCUUUGUUGUAAAAUUUUCACAAUCAUUCCUUCGUCCUUUAUGUGAUGUACAUAUCAGAGAAGAAGAAUGAAGUUCGUUCAGGAGAGCAACGUGCCAUAUUUAAAAUGGAACAACAACGUUAAAUAUCUCGGUAAAAUGAACGACUUAGAGUAAACUUGUAUUUAGCUUCGAUGAUUGAACAAUAAAAUGCACUAAGAACACAGAAACAAUUUUAACUUCGUGAACAGUAGCGAGUUUAGUGUGGCAUCGGGUAAUCACAAUGAGAGAGAAAGCAAAUGAUAUAUAUAGAACGGUUCUCCAAAAACAAAAAACAGAAGUUUACAGUUUGAGUUGUUGCUGGAAAUAGUUCGAGGGGGAGGGACAGAAGCUCCAAAAUCAAGCGUAGUCAGUUGAGAAAAGACAUGUGAACAUCCAAUGCAUUCAUUGAACUGCAUGUGAAAGUAUACCUAUAAUUACACGAAAAGCUUUCCAACACUACCGAAAGACAGCUCCAUGCAUGCUUUUAUGUUUUGAGUUUGCAUCUGUUCGCAACGCACACGGCUGCAGCACUUUAUUAUGGAUCAUAAGAGGGGAUUUAAGCAAAGUACUAAACACUAAACAAUCGAUUGACCAGGGGGAAUCAGUGCACAAAUAAAUUUCUCAUAUACUGCUCAUGAUGUCCAAUUUCGGGCGCUCUUUAACAUUUUCACAUCACAGUAUGGGUCCGACAAGCAGAUCACUUUCCCAAAAGGACAGGAAGACCUCCAAACUUAUACACCAUGGACUGCAGUAAUAUAAAAAUACACCAAUUUAAACACCCAUAAAGGUAUUUUAGGUGGCAAGCUCAAGGUAAUAAAACCGCUGUUGAACCCAUCAGAACAGGAAGUUAUCGUUUAUUACAACACCAAUCGGAAUAAUUUCUGCACAUGUCGCCAAAAAUUAGGAAAAUUCAAUUCGCAUCUAAAUUUACAAAGGCUGUGCGAAACGCGCUAGUUAAUGUACGCUGGUACAGAUCAGAAGGUAUUGUUUCAUACUUGCCACAAUUGCUUUGAUUUUACCAGUAGCCUACAGUUAACUUCAACAGUAAAAAUUAUCAAGCUAAAUAGUUUUACGGGAAUGUCGCAUUACGGCCUGUGCAACGUGCUUGUACCUGUUUCAAACAUGAUACUUCAUUGCGACUGAUAAAAAUAGGUGACUACAUUAAGUGUUUUGCGUCAGAUAACAAAUUGUGCUGUUUUUGAGUUGUAGCGCUGAAAGCGAAACAUUGUUCCUCAAGCCAUGAAGAUAUAGUGUAUUUAUUGACCAGUCCAGAAUGUUGUGUGUUUUGUGCAACAUUUUUGUUGACAAAUUUCUAUUUUUGUGUAUUUCUUAUGUCGCUUGCGAAGCCAUGUGAUGUUUCUACUGCCCUUGCAUUUUAGUUUUACUCACUGUACUCACUGUUUUGUUAACAGAAAGUUGUCAUUACCAGCCCGCUUUGAAAGUGGUUGUCUGUUAUCAUUAUCGCUGUGUUGUAGUUUGUUUUACGGCCCAGUUUAAAUCGUUUGUUGUUGCCAACUUCAUUCAUCCUACAAAAAAUGGCGCCAGGUCACUGAAAAUUAUGUGCCAUGAUGACUAAUAGCAAGUGGCAACAUUGGUUCAUCUCCAAGAACAUGAACAGUUAUUUUCAAUAAAAUGUUGCAAACUUUUGUAUUCAUCCACUGAACGCUUGCUUAGUGUGGUGGCUUCGUGCAAAUUAUUACUUUUGUUGUUUGUCAUAAUACCUGUAUAUUGCAGGUCACCGCAAAGCACCGCUAGCUAACUGGUAUAGAAUAGUUUAAUUGUCUCUUGAAAGCGCGUGCCUUUAUAUUGUUGGACUCAUAUAGUUUCGUGUAAAACACUGCUCACUGCCUGAAAGUUUAAUACUAACACAACAUAUGAUGUCGCUUGCGAAUAAAUUAUUUUACAGCCGUGGAUAUUUGAUGUAUGUAAGCUAAAGAGAGAGAGCAAGCAAG